AUGGCGCGAACGAAGCAAACCGCUCGUAAGUCCACCGGCGGCAUCGCCCCUCGGAAGAGCUUGGCCACCAAGUACGUUCGGAAGUCCGCCCCGACCACCGGCGGGGUGAAGAAGCCCCAUCGCUACCGCCCCGGCACGGUCGCCCUCCGUGAAAUACGGAAGUACCAGAAGAGCACGGAGCUGCUUAUCCGGAAGCUGCCGUUCCAGCGUUUGGUUCGUGAGAUUGCGCAGGAUUUCAAGUCGGAUUUGAGGUUCCAAAGCCACGCGGUGCUGGCGCUGCAGGAAUCGGCGGAGGCUUACUUGGUGGGGCUGUUUGAGGACACGAAUCUGUGCGCCAUUCACGCCAAGAGGGUUACGAUCAUGCCGAAGGACGUCCAGCUGGCAAGGCGCAUACGUGGAGAGCGCGCUUAG